AUUUCAGAAAUCAAAAAACAAAAUUCGUUUAAAUCAUGGCUCCGAAAUAAUCAACAACCCUCCGAAAAAGUAGUAGAUCAUUGGCGAGAAUCGUUUUUACUGCGCGUUAGAGAAAUUGUGGGAGAGACAGAUCCAGAUAAGGGGCAGCUGGUGGCUGAAUGGCCAAGAUUGGCUGAUGAAAACGGUUACCUACUGAUUGACGCCGACUUCGAGGCUAUCUACCGAAACUCAACCGGGUCUUCUAUUUUCGAGGAAUGGGAUGGUUUUAUUCCUCGCUUUCUGGAAUACGUUCAACUGAAUGGCUUGAAGGAUGACUAUUCUCGUCAACUGCUGAUACAACUGGAGGAGGAAGUUGUCCCUAAAGAUACUCGUGACUUCAUUUGCUGUACUAUUUUCCAUGGUCUUGUUAAGCCCGUACGGACAUCAUUGCGAAAGUUACCAAGCAUCCUUCAAGCACAACCUGACAUGUGCUAUGCAUGUGCAACUUACGAAGAGUUUCUCGAAGCUGUGAGCUCAUUGCGUAACGAGCUUUUCUCGGAUAUAAUUCCUUUCACUCCUCGCAUAUAUGUUGUUGGUCAAGUUGGUGAGUUCACUGGAUUCUACGUAGUUACUUCAAAACUUCAGUACCAGCUGCCGACAUUCCUCCGGUGCGUCGAUCUAAUAGUUAAAAUUAAAUUUACCCUCAACUACGAAUUUCCCGAGAGCUGCGAGUUGUUUUGGUGUUUCAUCGCCAAACACUUCUACAAGCUUGAUUUCUCGCGUAAGGCGAAGAAUAGCCAACUGCUCCAGCUCUUUGCGCACUUGGGAAACAACUUGCCAUCAUGAAUUGUCAUCUGUGUCAAGCCUCUUACGAAUCAGUUCAACACAUUUUCGA